GAUGGGGUCGCAAGCCGGGGAGCCGCCGCCGCCGCCGCCGCCGCCUCCGGCCGAUCUUUACCGGGACACGUGGGUGCGCUACCUGGGCUAUGCAAAUGAGGUUGGGGAGUCCUUCAGGGCCAUUGUCCCCGUCUCGUUGGUCUGGACAAGCUACGGAGUGGCCACAGCCUACGUGACAGCAGAUGCCAUUGAUAAGGGCAAGAAAGCACUGGCUACCAAGCCCUGCGAGAAAGGUCAGACCACACGAGCGGCCGUGGCGGUUGUGGACACAUUCAUAUGGCAGGCACUGGCUUCUGUGGUCAUUCCCGGCUUCACCAUUAACCGCCUCUGUGCGGCCUCUCUCUACCUCAUGGGCCGCAUGACCCGUUGGCCCCUCUCUGUCAGGAAAUGGGCAACCACAGCUGUAGGCCUCUCAGCAAUUCCCUUCAUCAUUAAACCCAUUGACAGGUCAGUGGAUUUUUUGAUGGACUCCAGCCUUCGCAAACUCUACAGCACUGAAGAGAAACCAUCCUCUUCCUUCUGAUGUGGUUAUCACUGCCUCAGUUGGCAAAACAUACACUGGAUCACCUGCAUUCACUGACUG